GACCGAACCGCGGUAUAGGCAGCCCAUUCGCUCCAGGCGAAAACCGCUCUCCCCAGCUAUUUAGGAGCGACUUGGUGGCGCGCUACUCAUCUGCUCGCAGCUCGAGCUUCGUUAACAGGCUCACUUCUAAACGCCGCCUUUUAGAGAGGCAACGUAUCGGUAACCGGUAACAGGGGAACUUCACUGCCAGGUCACACGUUCACAUGCCGGUCAUUAGAGUUUUCCGUUGAUCUAUCCUACAUUUCUCGCUCAAGCGUCCGUUCAAUAUAGAUAUAAAUACAACUGUCUUGGACUCUGGCUGGGGGAUGUUGUAGGCUCGUGGCGUUAACAGGUAGGCGAGAUAAGCUUGUGUGCUCGUUCUGUGCCAACAAGGGAAGAGAGAGGCGGGUUGUGCUUGAAACCCACGAAAAGACAGCAAGAAAGGAAGAGUAGUUGCUGCAUAUGCUGUAGCUAAUGGGGAUCCUAAUAAACUAAACAGGUAUUCCACAUUCUCACCAAUAUCGAUUUCCAGGUCGUAUUCUCUCCACGCAUCUGAUUGACCUUUGACGGACGUUUGAUUGGUGGAUGUAAUGCCCAUAUACAUCAUCGAUCGAAAAUUUCCAGAGACACCUGGUGAGUCAUUACAGCCAGCAGCUGAAGGAGUGUUGAGCAUGGUGGAGACCGUCCCCCCAAAGUCGGCUAAGAAGCCCCGCUGGACCUCUCUGGAGAUCGGCCUGCUCACCAUCGUCUCCCUCCUCUUCAUCGUCAUAGUGGCCCUCAUUGUCCUCUUCGCCACACAACGGACUGAUAGCGAUGGUGUCUGCACCACGGCGGACUGCACUCAGUCAGCAUCUCGCCUGUUAGAGAACAUGGAUGCCAAUGUGGACCCGUGUGACAACUUCUACCAGUAUGCCUGUGGAGGCUGGUUGAAGAAGAACGUCAUCCCAGAGACCAGCUCCCGAUACAGCACCUUCGACAUCCUACGAGACGAACUGGAGGUGGUCCUCAAAGGUGUUCUAGAGAGAAGCGUGAAGGGGGAGGCCAGUGCCCUCACUAAAGCCAAGACCCUCUACAGAUCCUGCACCAAUGAGAGUCAGAUUGAGAAAAGGGGCGGAGCUCCUUUACUAGACAUACUUCCUAAUGUGUUUGAGUGGCCAAUAGCAACAGACCACUGGGAGACUGUCUAUGGGAACACAUGGAAGUUGGAGGAUGCCAUUGCCAGACUAAAUGAGAAAUAUGGAACUCAAGUCUUGGUUAAUUUUUUUAUCGGCACUGAUGACAAAGACUCCAAUUCACACAUCAUUCACUUUGACCAGCAAACCAGCCUUGGUCUCUUAUCCAGAGAGCAUUAUACCUGCACCGGGCCCUACGCAGAGCCAUGUAGAGCAUAUGAACAGUUCAUGAUAGACGUGGCCAGGUUGAUCCGUACCGACCGCAGCCUAGAGGUCAACGAGACCCAAAUCAGAGAGGAGGUCACCAGGGUCAUUGAGCUGGAGAGGGAGAUCGCCAACGCAACUGAUACUCCAGAGGACCGUAACAACCCAGUUCUCCUCUACAACAAAAUGGAGCUGGGUGUUCUCAAUGCUAACUUCAGCCUGGAGGUCGACACACAAGUGUUUGACUGGAGUUACUUCACCAGGAAGAUCAUGGGGACGGUCGGCAUCACUGUGCCUGACACAGAGAAUGUUAUCAACUACGCACCUAACUACUUCAGACGGCUCAACCCUAUCCUAGCCAAGAACACUAAGAGAGUCCUGCAGAACUACAUGGUGUGGCGUUUUGUCAUGAACAUGGUGGUGGGUUUGAGCAGGCAGUACAGGGACACCAGGAAAGCCUUCCGCAAGGCGCUGUACGGUGCCACGUCGGAGGCGGCGGUGUGGCGGCAGUGUGUCAUCUACGUCAACAACAAUAUGGACAACGCUGUCGGAAGACUGUAUGUAGAGGAGUCCUUCUCUGGGGAGAGCAAAGAACUGAUGGAAGAGAUGAUCUCUGUGAUACGGGAGGUAUUCAUCAGUAACUUAGACCACCUAAGAUGGAUGGAUGUAGAGACCAAGAAGGCUGCUGAGGAGAAGGCACAAGCUAUCUGUGAGCGGAUUGGCUACUCCGACAACAUCAAGAAUGACACUUACCUGAACAACGAGUAUAAAAAUUUGAGCUACAGUGCAGAGGAGUACUUUGAGAACAUCCUCCAGAACCUGGACUACGUACAGAAGAAACGUCUGAGGAAGCUACGGGUCAAAGUUAACAAAGAAGAAUGGGUAACAGGAGCAGCCGUUGUCAACGCCUUCUACUCCUCAAGCAAAAACCAAAUAGUGUUCCCAGCUGGCAUCCUCCAGCCUCCGUUCUUCGGUAAGGGCCAGACCAAGUCUCUGAACUUUGGAGGUAUCGGCAUGGUGAUCGGACAUGAGAUCACACACGGGUUCGAUGACAACGGUCGUAACUACGAUAAAGAUGGUGACCUGAAGGACUGGUGGACGCCAAGCUCCACCCAGAACUUUGUGAAUCUGUCCAAGUGCAUUGUGGACCAGUAUGGAAGCUUCUCCUGGGACCUGGCCAACGGACUGAAUCAGCUCAAUGGGAAUAACACUCUGGGAGAGAACAUCGCAGACAAUGGAGGCAUCCGUCAGUCCUACCAGGCAUACCUGAACUAUGUGGAGAAGAAUGGGAAUGAGCCUCUCCUGCCUGGAAUACACCUCAACCAUCAACAACUCUUCUUUGUCAACUUCGCCCAGGUGUGGUGUGGAACACAUCGACCAGAACAAGCUGUCAACUCCAUCAAAGUAGAUGUACACAGUCCAGGGAAGUUCAGGGUUCUGGGGUCCCUCCAGAACUUCCCAGAGUUUGCCAAGGCCUUCAACUGUCCCAAGAACAGCUACAUGGUGCCUGACAAGACUUGUCAAGUCUGGUGAUACUGUAGUCCUGACACUAGCCUUGCCCUGAGGCUGGUGGAGGGUGAGAGGUGGGCUUGUGUCCUCUUCCCCCUCAUCACCUCAUUUUCCCACCUUGACUGUUAGAGCACUAUUCUGGGACAGGGAUAUAGUCGAUGUUCCCCAGUUCACUUCAGGGUGGGACCAGGACUGCUACACUGAUCGUACAGAACAACCAGCUUCAAGGGACUACAGAGGGCUGUUCAUAUCCAGCUCCCAGGCUCUUCACCCGAUCACCCAGGUCACCGCUUUCCACUGAAUACAGUCACGAAAUGUACUUUUCAAUUCAAUUUCUCCCUUAACAUUUCAAUCAGGAUUCUUCUUUUUUGACAGACAGACAGACAGACAGACAGACAGACUUUUGAACCACGUCCAUUAUUCUAAACUGUCACUUUGUUUGUCUAAAAUGUUAUUUGUUUUACACGACAUAUAAACCAGAAUGUAUACUGUAUAUCAAUACGUUCUAGAUGAGUAUACAUUGACAGUGAUCGAUAGUCUCCCCUGUACAGGGGGGAUUCUAUUUUAUUGUAUAUUUAAGAAAAUAACAUUUUAUUUGACUGACUAUACACCAAUGAGUAUAAUUAGAAUAGCAUAAAUGUUCUGUAUAUAAGGUUAACAUAGCUUCAAAAUGGGUGCCAACUGUUUAUUUCUACAAGCAUUGAACCAAAAUGGGUGCCAACUGUUUAUUUCUACAAGCAUUGAACCAAAAUGGGUGCCAACUGUUUAUUUCUACAAGCAUUGAACCAAAAUGGGUGCCAACUGUUUAUUUCUACAAGCAUUGAACCAAAAUGAAGUUGUUGCCUUGGAAUCAGUUGGGUGACCUAUCUGGUCAGGAAUUGACAUAUACCAAACACAUUCAUAUUUUAUUAUACUGUAAGAAUGUGAGCUUAAUUUAAACUUCACCAUGUGUUCAGCAAAAGAGGCUGGUGAGGGGGAAUAUAGGAGGACGGGCUCAUUGUAAUGGCUGGACUGGAAUCAAUGGAAUGGUAUCAAACACAUGGAAACAAAGUGUUUGACUCAGUUCCAUUGAUUCCGUUCCAUUGAUUCCGUUCCAUUGAUUCCGUUCCAUUGAUUCCGUUCCAUUGACUCCGUUCCAUUGACUCCGUUCCAUUGAUUCCGUUCCAUUGAUUCCGUUCCAUUGAUUCCGUUCCAUUGAUUCCGUUCCAUUGACUCCGUUCCAUUGACUCCGUUCCAUUGAUUCCGUUCCAUUGACUCCGUUCCAUUGACUCCGUUCCAUUGACUCCGUUCUAUUGACUCCGUUCUAUUGACUCCGUUCCAUUGACUCCGUUCCAUUGACUCCGUUCCAUUGAUUCCGUUCCAUUGACUCCGUUCCAUUGACUCCGUUCCAUUGACUCCGUUCCAUUGACUCCGUUCCAUUGACUCCGUUCCAUUGAUUCCGUUCCAUUGAUUCCGUUCCAUUGAUUCCGUUCCAUUGAUUCCGUUCCAUUGAUUCCGUUCCAUUGACUCCGUUCCAUUGAUUCCGAUCCAACCGUUAGAAUGAGCCUGUCCUCCGAUAGAUCCAACCUCUUCUGGUGUUCUCUGUGCGUGUGGGUGUUUGUAUUUGUUUAUGUGUGUUUUUUGUCUGGGUGUGACCGCUACAUUUUUCAACAAGCUUAGGAAGCCUUACAUAACCCAUAGAGCUACUGCUGUUUUGUGUGUGGGGGGCAGAGGAAGUCUGGUUUGUAGUGAAACCACACCCACCCACCAGUGGAGGCUGAUGAGGGGAGGACGGCUCAUAGUAAUGGCUGGAAUGGAGUCAAUGGAAUGGUAUCAAACACAUGGAAAUCAUAUAUUUGAUACCGUUCCAUUUACUCCAUUCCAGCCAUUACUAUGAGCCGUCCUUCCCUCAUCAGUCUCCACACACACUGUUAACGCCAAAGAUUUCCAAUUUCAAAUCCCUAUAUGAGCCUCUCUGGUUUCCAGCAUUCUCAGACAAUAUUUUCCUGAUUUAAAACCGUGACAUGAAUAACUUCUCCCUCCUCUCUCUCUUAUCUCUUUUUCUUCUCUCUUCUCUUCUCUCCCUCUCCUCUCUCUCACUCUCUCACCUCUCCUCUCUCAUCUCUCCUUUCUCUCACUCUCUAUCUUCUCUCUCUACUCCCUUCUCUUCUGUCUCUCUAAUCUCUCCUCUCUCAAUCUCUUCUCCCUCUUCUGAUUCUCUCCAUUUCUAUUUCUCUAUCGCUCUCUUUUUUUCUCUCAUUCACAUUCACUGUUACACACACACACACACACACACACACACACACACACACACGGUUAACGCUAAAGUUUCCCAAUUUCAAAUCCCUAUAUGAGCCUCUCUGGUUUCCAGCAAUCUCAAAUAAUAUUUUCCUGUUAAAAGCGUGCCACGAAUAACCUCUCCCUCCUCUCUCUCAUCUAUUUUUCUUCUCUGUCUCUCUCUUAUCUAUCUUCUCUCUCUUCUCUCUCCCACCUCUCUCUCUCCCUCUUCUUUUCUCUCUUCUCUCUCUCUCUCCUCCUUCUCUCUCUUCUCUCUCUCUCUUCUCUCUCUCUCUUCUCUCUCUCCUCCUUCUCUCUCUUCUCUCUCUCUCUUCUCUCUCUCUCUUCUCUCUCUCUCUUCUCUCUCUCUCUUCUCUCUCUCCUCUCUCUUUCAAACACACAGACACGGCAAACCAAUCAAACGUGUUUUCGCUGUUGAUUACAUCAUUAGUAUGGUUUCUUGUAAAUAUAGAUUUACAAAGUGUUUAUUUUUUGUCUUUUAUGCCUUUGUAAAAGAAAGCAGAAUCUUUGCCCCUGUAAAUCUGGUUGGUGUCACUGUAUCCAUAUUGAUUUUCUUUGAAUGGGAAAAUUAGGUUCAGUCCACAAUGUGUCAUGGGACUCAAAACAUGACUGUUUCUCAAAAUGUCCCCUGUAAGUGUUGCCAUGUCCACUCACACUGCUUUCUCUGUAUAUGGUACCCCUCCCCAACACACACACACACACACACACACACACACACACACACACACACACACACACACACACACACACACACACACACACACACACACACAACCAUCCCACCUGUAGGACAGACAGAUAUACCUCAGUUGCCUGUUUUUAGAUACUUUGUAAUAAAUAAAAAAUCCUGAUGA